AAGGCGGAUCGCGCGCCGCCCCUUCAGUCCCGUUACACACCGACUCAACAUUCCACGAGACACCGACUGAACAUGAACAUGAAGCGGAAAACACCAGACAAACACGCCGCAGAUUCUCGAACGGAUUAUAAAACGGACGGAUUUCAUGUGAUUUCACUUUUCAGAUGCUGGAUUUCACUCAUGGCGUUCACAGAUGUGUGGUGGUGUGAUGCUGUGCAGGUGUCGGUGCGUGAUGACCGGCGGUUUGCGAUGCUCUUUCAAUCAGUGGUUUUACCGUGUCAGUACACGAGCGUCUCGUCUCAGACUCCGGUGGUCCAGUGGUGGUACAAGUCUUACUGUCGCGAUCACAUGCGUGACGCCCUCCGUUUCCCCAACACGCUGCCACUGCAGGGCUCUGACCUCGGCUCUUCAGGUCACCUGGACUGUGGCGACAGCGGCCGGACAGUUCGUAUUGUAGCAUCUGGACAGGGCUCAUCCAUCACCCUCGCUGAGCACUACAAGGGCCGUGACAUCUCCAUCAUUAACAAGGCAGAUCUGCGGAUCGGUGAGCUGCAGUGGGGUGACAGCGGUGUUUAUUUCUGUAAAGUUGUUAUCUCUGAUGAUCUGGAGGGACAAAAUGAAGCUCAUGUGGAGCUGCUGGUGUUGGGUCAGACAGCUUUGGCCGAUGGUCUUCUACCUGGGUUUAAUGUGGAGAUUAUGCCAGAGUGGGUGUUUGUUGCGUCUGUAGCUGUUGGCAGUAUUCUCUUUAUUGUGCUGGUCAGUGUGUGCUGGUGUCAGUGUUGUCCUCAUUCCUGCUGCUGUUACGUCAGAUGCUGCUGCUGCCCAGAUACCUGCUGCUGCCCGCGACACUUAUAUGAAGCAGGAAAAGGGUUGAAGUCAACGCCACCCACACCGGUGCCCAUGUACCCUUCAUACUACAUACCUGGGAUGCCAACCAUGGUGCCCAUAGCGCCACCCUCUCUCAUAGACCCUCACCUGUCCACCGCACCCUCAGUAGACAACAACAUCACGCCAGUGCGGAGUGGUUUCCAUUUGAAGUCUGUGUCAGAUCAGAGUCAGAGCUCUCUGAAGUUGCUGCAGUACGUGGAGAAUCAGCUUGCUCAGUUCAACCCAUCACAGACGCUCAGCAGCAAACAUGACUCCUGCAGUAUGUCUGAGUUGAGUUCAUUACAUGAUGCAGAAAAUGACUUCCAUCAAAUGUAUCAACAAGUCCAAAAGAAGGCUCUACCGGCCAUCCCUGAUCUCGAUGACCCCCCUGAUCUCCUGACCACAGAUUUAUCAGCCGUUCGUGAUGGAAGAUGCAUACGACAGCCACAUCAUAGAAAUCGGGUGGCGGACGAAAAUCCCAGGUGGAACCCUCGUUCAGAACACUUACAGAGGAAGGCCUUCCAGGAGCAUGGACGCACUGGAUCUUUGGAUGAGCUUGAAGAGUUCGCAAUGACAUAUAUGCAACGAGGUCGUCACGGCGACUUCGUUAACAGGGGGGACAACUACAGAGGGCAUGAACGGGAGUGCGAGAGGGAAAGAGAGCAAGAACGUGAGCUGGAACGUGACCGCUAUCCAUUUCACUGUUCCAAACGUUAUUCUCCGAAGGACAGUCCAGUGCAACUCCCACCAAACCCCCCACCCUUACCUGGGAAAUGCCGGGACACCUGGGAGAGCGAUCAGCCGCAGCGGGAUCCACGAGAUCGUGGUCAGAUCGAGAGGCAUGACUAUAACAAUGCCCUACUCAACAGUUUACUGGAGCGUAAAGCUAAAGCGGGGAAAAGCAUUUCUUCUAAAGCAGGACGGACAGAGGAAGACUCCAACAUGCCUUCCAGAAACAGUUCCAAAAAGAGUAGCGAGCAUUUCUACAGCAGGUCUCCAAGCAACCCAUCGCCUCACCAACGGACGGCAGAGGAGAAUGAAUCUUUGCCGCCCUACACACAGAAGCAAACAGAGCGUUCCUGUGUAAUGGAGUCUGGACAACGACCUUUCAACUACACGCACUCCAGUCAUGGCUCCUCUCCAAAUGCUCAGGAGAGCAGAGAAGAGCCAAACCACCCUCGUAAAGUGACAUUUUCUGAUGAACCAAGUGCACGGCUUAAUUCCGACCUAGGUCUUUCAAUUACGGUUCGAUUUGUACCUCGAUUUGACAACAGAAAAUAACCUGUACACAGGUAACGAGAAUGUUAAGAAAGCCAAAAAUAUGUGCUUGCUUGCUACUUAAUUCCUCCCCAAAAUGUGUUUGAAGCACAGCUUACACAGUGUUGAAACUCUAACACAACUAGCAUUACAGUAAUGAUCAUCAUACAUGCAAGCAGCUUGAUAUUAAACUCCUGAGAGAAAGAAAUAAAGAUCAGGGUUCAUUUCUGAACUGAGUCAAAUUCAGAACAUUCUUAAAGGAAUAUUUCAUGUUAAAUGUUCAGUGUCUGUAACAUGCUGUCCAUAGAAACGUAUUGAGGGUUAGAAUAGAAGUCUAUGAGGUGACGUAUCUCUUAUAUUGCCCCAUAGAAUUCCAUAGAAAGUACAUUACUGUCAAUACAUUUGUUUGUUUUUACAAAGACCGGUGCUGUCAAUAGAGCUUUAAUUGCAUUUACUACUUGUAACUUAAUCCUUUAACCUCCUGAGACCCGAGCGUGACUGCUGUGUGCAUUUUCCAUUUCCCUUUUUGAUUUUUAACUAGAAGCACCAAAUAAACAAGCAAAAAAAAAAAAAAAAAUCCUAAACAUUGAUGUCCUUGUAUGUGGACAGCAGGACUUAUGCUGCGUUCCAUUUGUCUCGGAAGUCGGAGCUCAGGACUCGGAUCAACGUCAUAUCCGUUAAAAAAAAACAAGAAAUCCGAGUUGAAUGCGUUCCAUUACACACAACACGACAAGUCGGAAAAAAAGAUGGACGCCUCCAGGAAAGUAAUUGUUGCACUAGCUCUUUUGGAGUACAGAGAGCUACAAAAUAAGUAUGCCCUUCACCUAAGAGACCUCGAGGAAGAUGACAGAAAACAGAGAAGGUAUGUUAAUGUUUCCGUGUAUUUAAUUGUAUGAAAACAUGUUAACCACGUUUUAAUUGAACCAGUGGUGUAAACAAAGGGCAAUGCCCUAUGGAAGUACAAAUGUAUAUUUGCAAUAUAAAUUUGCCUGAUGGGGUUUAUGUGUAAAUGGUUUUACGGUUUGUAACGUUAGGCAGUGUUGUUGUAGCAACAUUGACCAUUGUUGUUGUUAGCAGCAGUGACCUAACCAAUUUUAGCUGUACCAGUUUAUAAACAACACAUUACGCGGUAAUUCACGCGUAACAGGAUCGUAGCAACAUGCUUAUAGGCAACGGUAUUACAGCAUUGUGUGUACGACUUACUAAAUUGGACACAAAAAAGACAAAAGUGCUAAAAAUAAACUUUGAACCCACAGCAUACUACAGUCGAUGCCAUCUUGCUUUCUGAACUCAGGGUCCUCUGAGUUCAUCUGAGUUUCCGAGUAGGAAUUCCGACAUCGGGGGGGCAUUCCAUUUGUCAGUUCCGGUCUCGGAACUUGGAAAAUAACUCGGAGCUCCGACUUCCGAGACAAAUGGAACGCAAGAUAAGUUGUGAAAUGUUAAAUUAUAUAAAGCUAUAGAAAGUCAGAUUUUUUCAUCAAAUAGUUUAUUAUGUGUCCAGGAGUGUUGAUUAUUCAUGUGUUUGAGACGUUACAGACAUUACAUCAGAAAUUAGCAUAAUUAAUUCAGAUUCAAAGUAAUGUCCAGCAUCAUCCAAUCACUGUCAAUCAUGUUAAAAUAAAAUGAUACAUUAUAAAUUCUGAAUCUAUGUACUGAUUAUUAACUAACAUGUUUUUUCUACUUUUAAGGAAAUGCGGUGCCAAUUUUCACGCAAGCGGACAUCAUGUUUAUCAGCAUGCGAAAAAUGAAACAAUUUUUUAAAGCAGCAUAUCAAACGAAAGUAGAGACUGUACUCUUUACAGCCAAACAGGUUUCAAUAAAAAAAGAACUUUUUUACCAGAGUCACUUUUGUUGGUUCUGCGUCUGUAGGAGCGCUUCACGGAAAUCAACGUCACGCUGUUGUGUCACAUGACUCGGUGCGUCAGAAGUUUAACCCUUAAAUGACAGUCUAGAGUCUUGUGAACAGUAUUUAUUUAAAUUAUGCAUUGCGUAUAGUGAAGCCAAAAUACAACGUCCACGCAUGUGCACACGGGGUCGCACAAGGUUAAAGUUAAAAGCAUCAAAUUAUCAAAAAAAUCGAAUUGUGAAAUGUUGCCGACACUCAACACAGAUAGUCACAGUCUGAUGAUACAAGAGAAACUGAGGAGCUCUACAAUCUAUUGACAAUCCAAAAGCAAAUAAGCUUCAUUUACAAAGAGAAAUACAGAAGGAAAUCUUAUUGAGUGCAACUGAAAGAAUCAUUAAGUGUUUCAGGUUUUGCUUUAUAAUAUGUAUUUUUGUUCUUACUGUUUGUUUGCUGUAUACUUCAUAUGUGUUUAUAACAAUUCCAGAAUAAUCACUGACAGCGCUUCACCUGCCGACUGUUCACACUCUCACUGCUAAUCAACGCUAAACUAACCCAUCAUCAUUAUCAUCAUCUCGCUGUGCUGGUUCUGCUCACUCUCUCUUGUGUCUCUCUCUGAACAGAACACACUCCUCAUCAGAGAUUCACUUAUAGUCUGAUGUCCUGACACACACACGACGAGUCACCGCUUGCAAAUAUUCCAACACUUCUUCUGCAAACACACUGCAACACAACUGUGGACAAACCGACGUAUGUGAUUAGGGCCUGAACCCCCUGAAAGGAAGAGCAGAACAAAACUUUUAGUUCCGGUGUUGAUGUGUUUCCUGUUGAUACAGGAAGUUGGUGCGAAACAUAUCGAAGGGCUCAUCUUUAGUUUACAUCACAGCUGUAAACAUGUUUACUACUUGAUACUGCUAGUCGGUGGCUAAAGGUAUUUAUAAUUUAGGAAGGACAUUGUCAUUCCAGAGAGCAUUUGAUUGGACAAGACUUUGUAUACGGCCCUGAGCAGGAGAUGAUGUCAUCAAUAUUUUUGGUCCAUUUUCUCAAAGUUUAUUUUGUCAUCUUUGAGAAGUACACUAGAUGCCCUCAAAGUGAACAAACAUGGACUAAAAGCAACACAGUUGACCCUUCACUAAGCCCCGCCUUAAAGGUGCUUCUGACCAAUCCUGUCUUAGCAACUGUUGCCCUGCCGCCAUUACUCUGACACGCGUUUGCCUUUUUACAAUGGGAGUCUAUGGGAGUAAUAUGUGUUUGAGUACUUUUAAGCGGGAUUUUAAUAAAAAUAAUCAAAAAAAUUUACAAAAUGUUGUUGCCGGGUCACCCAGAGAGGAAACACGAGUUUUUUUUCUUUCUUUUUAAAUAAAAAUCUUCAAAUAAAUCUGAAGAAGAGUAUGUUAUGGAUUAAAAUGUGUCAGCCCUCAUUCCCAAAUGAACAUAUCUACAACCACACCUACAUUUACUCCAAGAUUUACAAUUACUUAAAGCUAAUAACUGAACGUUAAUUCAUGUAUUGAUUCAAGUCAUAGUAAAAGCAAUAGUAAAUAAAGAGUGUAUAGCAUCAUAAUGAGUGUGUUUUGAGAAGUUUAGAGCAGUUUUGUUCACUUACACUAAUGUUAUUAGAUGUGUAAUCGCUAUUAAAUGAAGUUUUUCUCUUUUCAUGUGACUUUGAUAAUCGUUUGCCUUGAUUCUGAUUCACAGUCUACACACUUUUUAAUCACAUUACUGUGUAAUUUAACAAUUUCUUUUACACAAAACUUCAGAUAAAUGUGCAUUACAAUGUCACUCUUCAUACCAGCACAUGUAAAAACAUUAUCCAUACCGUUUAUGAGAAUAUUUUGCCAGAAACCGCAUCGUUCACGUCAAUCUUCCAUUCAUUCCUAUAGGAAGUUCUGCAGAGCUUGUCAGAGCGAGCAACCGUAACCAAGGGGGGCGGAGCUUAGCGAAGGGUCAGUUUUGAUUUCAUGAGGUCUUUCAUGUUCAAAUGUGUCUGAAUGAAGCUUCAUUCAUGAGGUACAAUAACAGUCUCAUCAUUAUAUAGUUGAAUAAUAAAGUUACUCUUGAGUAUAUACUGUCAGCUAACUGAGUUUCCACUGCUAUAAUGAUCACUCGUCUUCUUGUUUGUACUUUGUUUUUAGCACAAAAAAACCUAGUCCACUGUAGCUUAAAUUACAUAAAAUAUUUUUGAGGUAUCAAUGAUGCUAGUUUUCAUGUGAACAACAUUAUAUAAAUUAUAAUAUUUCAAGUGUUCAGAACUAUUGGCCAAAUGUUGAUGUUAAAUAAAGAGUUUCAGGUCCUGGUAAAUUGCUCUCGAGAAACUCCUGCAAUCACCUCUGUGUCAUCUGCCAAACACGUCACACAUCACAUCACUGUUGCCCUACAGUAUUCUGCUUUAUGACAAAUGAGCAUCAGUAAACUGAGUGUGUCACACUGAAGACAGCGAAGACACCAGCGACCUCCACCAUGACAUCACUAGACGAUGAGGUCAUCAGUGUUUGUUCUCUGUCACACAAUAAAUGACAUUCAUUAUAACUGUGACAUGCUAACCUACAGUGCCUUAACUUUACAUUAGCAUUCCUUUAUAUUCUUGAAAUGUUUGUUAUACGUGUUUGUUUGUCAUGUUAAUUGACUGUAUCAAAUCUAAAAAGAUUUUUGUAGCAAUACUUGAGAAAAUGGUUAAUAUAAUGACAACUUUGCUAUGAGGACCGAAAAACAUUUUUAUGUAACUUUGUUUACGUGUUUUUGCAUUUGUUUACAUUUUAUAUAUGUAUAUUUUCUGUAAACAGGCUCAUGUUAACUACAUCAUCAAAUGAAUUUUAAUAAAAAACAUGUCAUUUUAACUCA